AUGGAUUCCAAAGACAAAGGACUUUUUUCCAUGCAUAGUGGCAAUGGACCUCUCAGCUAUGUCAAAAACUCAUCCUACCAGGGAGGAGUAUUGGAGGCUGCAAAGGCAAUCAUCGAAGAAGAAAUUGCCACAAGGUUAGAGAUUCCAAAUAAUAGCUGUUUAUGCGUUGCCGAAUUCGGGUGCUCAACCGGCAACAACUCGUUUCCAGCCAUGCAGACUAUCAUCGAAGCCAUCAAAUACAAAUACCAAUCCUCAAACCUCAAAACCCCUGAAUUCUAUGUAUGCUUCAACGACGUCGUCUCCAACGACUUCAACACCCUCUUCAGUUCCCUCCCGCUCGAUAGGAGCUAUGAGGUAGCUGCAGUACCAGGAGACUUCCACGGCCGCCUUCUCCCUCCAUCAUCUGUCCACUUUGCAUACUCUUCUUGGGCGCUCCAGUGGCUGACGGAGGUACCUAAGGCAGCCGAGGGCCUUAAGUCUCCGGCUUGGAGCGGAAGAGAGAGAGAGGAGGUUUAUGAUGCUUAUUUAGGCCAGUUUGAGAGGGAUAUAGAGUCAUUCUUGAAGUGUAGGGCUGUUGAAAUGGUGGACGGUGGAAUUAUGGCUCUUCUAAUUCCAGGAAUACCUGACUUGUGGGACCCACAAAAGGAGUCUACCGUUGUCUCGCGCGUUGAACUUCUCAGAUCUUCUCUAGUCGACAUGGCAAAAAUGGGGAGAUUGAGUGUGGCAAAGUCAAGGAUAUUCAACCUUCCAUACUACUUUCCUACCGCGGAUGAGCUGAGGGCCAUACUGCAAAAGAGCAAUAUUUUCAGCAUAGAAAGAAUGGAGAUUUUGAAGUGUGGGACAUUCCUCAAUAUUGAUGGACACGUGGCAUGUCUUAGGGCCGUUCAUCAAAAUAUGCUUGCACAUAAGUUUGGAGCUGAAACCAUCGAUGAAACGUUCGACCUUUUGAAGAAGAAAUUCUAUGCUUCACCAGUAUACGCAGACCCUUCAAAAGAUAAAACUAUUAUGAUUGUUGCUAUCCUUAAGCACAACAAUGUUUAG